AAAGACAACGACAACGAAAUGACGACGAAUGAAAAUCGAAAAUUAAAAAAAUGGCAAAAUUUCAUUUGGAUCAUACCGAUAAUCAAUGGUCUGAUGUGGCCAUUAAAUAUUCUGAUUGGUUAUUUCAUUGGUAUUGGUUAUGAUUUGAUUGAUCCAUCGAUACCACCACCAUAUGUUUCCGAUAUAGCUAGUAUCGGUCGAUUAUUUGCUGGAUAUUUUUCAUUCAUUGGUCAUAUUUUAAUCAUUUUAUUCAUCAUUACCAUCAUUUAUCGUUAUCGACAAUUGAAAUACUAUUUUAAUAUGGCUAUGACAAAAGAAACAAAUAUGAAUAGUGAAUCACAACAGACGAUACAAAAAUUACAGCAAAGAAAUCAUCAAGCAUUGAUUGUAGCAAUUUUGGCCACCAUCGGUACAUUGAUUUGGAUUAAUUUCCGUUCAAAUCAACAAUUUAUCAUUCAUUCAAUUGGUAUUUGUUGGAUGUAUUUGGCGACAUCUAUAUACAUGUUUCUUAUGUGUUUUUUAUGUAAAAAAUUAUACGAUUAUGGCCAAGUUGAAUCCAAACCGAUAACAAUGUUUAUAUCGACAAUUCUGUAUGUAAUUUCUUCAUGGACAAGUGUUGUUUUUUUCAUCAUUUCUGCCAAACAAUUACCAAAAUUUAAACAUAUCCUUCAUCAACAUUUACGUUUAUAUUGGCCACAUUAUAUUGAUGGCUAUUUGUGGCAUAUAUUGGCCAAUAUUUGUUCAUGGAUUAUGAUCUUUGCUUAUACGAUAUUCAUAUGGUCCAUUGGUCAACGGAUGAGGCGAUUUAUUCGAUUACAAAAUGAUUAAUUGAUUGAUCAUAGGUGAUUGAAUAAUUUAUAAAAGAAUAAUAUUCCUUGAAUAUAGCCAACGGUCAACUGUGGAUUAAACAAAAUUUUGAAAAACUCGAUUAUAAUAAUUCAAUGCACUUACCAAUACAAAUGAUUGCAUCGAUACUAAACUAAUUGAUCCAUAUGUAAAACCAUAUGGUCUUAUUUGCGUAUACAUUGUCUGCAGGUAACAAUUACAAUUCCAAUUAAAAUAAAAUGAAUUUGGUUGAUGA